AAAAAAAUGAAAUUAGACUCAGAUCUUAAGCUCGAGUUAGGUGUAUUAUUAGUCUAUUUUAGUAUCUAUGUUUCAAAUUGAAACACCAAAAUCAGAACUUGAAUUUAUUUGUGUAUAUAAUUUCAAUAUAUCAUUUGGAUUAAUAUUGAGAUCUUUAUGAAUGUGAGCAGCAUUGAGUCUUUUUAGCCUGUUUUGUUUCAUUGUAGAAUGACAAUAAUUUUUAAUUCUCGAUAAAAUCGAAUUCAUGUUCACCUAUACCUAUAAACUAAAAUACAAGAAGCAAAGAGUGCAUGUGUGCUUCAAACGGAAGAAAAAAAUACACUUACAAUUUAACUCAUAAAUAAAUAAACAAUUUCGAUGGACGAAAGCUUAGUAAUAAAAAUUACAAUGGGCAAUUCCCCAUUUGCCCCCCCCCCCCUCGCUACACCACUGGUAUGAAUAUAUUCUCUUUCUCGUAGAGAAGAGUCCAGUAAACAUAAAUUGCUUGCUUGUAUGUCCGCAGGGUCAAAAAAACAUUGAAAAUCGAUUUUUCCAGUAAAUAUGAAGAGGAUACAUUUCUACGAGAAAGAGCGUUACUUGUUACUAUUAUCUAAUGUUUAAAAAGUAUGAUGUAUAAUAAAAUUUUAGGGCGGGCGUUGAUCCUGUUGUAUUAUUCGAUGCUAAAGUACAAAAAAAAGUUACUGAUCGUGCAACAGAUAUUGAAAAAACUCUUAAACGUGAAGUAAUGAAAUGUCAAACAUUAAUUAUAUGGACUGAUUGUGAUCGUGAAGGAGAAAAUAUCGGAUAUGAAAUCAUUGAUUUAUGUCGACCAUUAAAAGCGGGUUUAAAAAUUUAUCGAGCACGUUUUUCAGAAAUAACAUAUAAUAGUGCGGCACGUGCUUUAUCGAAUUUAAUUCAACCCGAUCAACGUGUUAGUCAAGCUGUUGAUGUUCGUCAAGAACUUGAUUUACGUAUUGGUGCUGCAUUUACACGUUUUCAAACAUUACGUUUACAACGUUUAUUUGGUUUCGAUUCCAAACAAGUGAUAAGUUAUGGUUCAUGUCAAUUUCCAACAUUAGGUUUCGUUGUUGAACGUUAUUUACAACGAGAAAAUUUUAUACGUGAACCAU